AUGGAGCGCAACGACCCACCAGCGCGACGGAAGUCCUGUCAAGCCUGCAAAAAGGCACGUCGGAGAUGCGAUCUCGCGCGUCCGACGUGUGAGCGCUGCGCUCAGCGGAAUAUCCACUGCCAUUAUCCGUAUGCGCCUCCCCUGCGCGAGAGCGCCAGCUGCAUGCAGCCCGUGAUGCCAGUGUCGGAGAUUGACAGUCCACUUACGUCGUCAUGUCUCGGAAUGCUUGAUUCGAUUUUGGAACAGACGGUCGAUUUCACAGACCAGCUGUUCCGAGGUUCAUUAGAUUGUGAUACUUCCAAUUGGUCUACGCCAGGGCUCUCAACCACGGCUCAGCACGCGUUGAAUCGGUCUCAGCUUGUCACCAUACCCCAAGUCACAAGAGCUAUUACAUCACGUCUUCAGUAUGCUAUGGAUGCAAUAUUGAAGGGUCCGUCUCAAAUGGUUUCCGAGAAUCAGACGCCUUGGUGUCAUGCACAUCUAUACGAUGAUGGAAUGCCAAAAUGCAUGCAACAUGCCGUAUCCUCUGCGGCACUCCAUGCAGCAAAGAAUCAUCUCAAUGCCAGAGUCAUCCGCGACAAUGUGGAAAGCCGAGUGCAGGAACUCCUCGCCAGCGAUCCACCAACUACCUCAAUGGAAACUCUAGCAUACGCACAAGCGCUCUUUAUAUAUCAGAUUCUCCGCCUACUGGACAACGACGCCCGAACCUACGCCAUCUACGAAGCCACAAUGCCUCAUCUCGAAGAAGCAUCCAACGCGCUCAUUCCUCACAUCGCAAUCGACGAAGCAGCAAGUCAAUCCUCAGAUCCUAUACCUCUCUUUCCCGCUUCAGCAGCGCAAGCCUUCUGGACAGAUUGGAUCUUCCAAGAAUCAGCUAAAAGAACCCUCGGCAUGAUAAACUUCUUCAUGCUGACGUACUACUUCAUGAAAGGCGAGUCAGGUAAUAGAUGCGGCCAGAAUAAAAACAUCGCUGUGAAUCGGUCUGUCACCAUGUCUGCACAUUUGUGGAAUGCACAAGAUGCUGUUGAUUUUGCACUGGCGUGGCGAGAUAAAAAGCACUUUGUGAUAAAUGUCAGCGCACCGAAUUUCUUAGAAACCAUACUUCAGGAUGCCCAGAAGGAUGACAUUGAUGCGUUUGGGAAGAUAUGUCUAUCAUCGCUGAUGGGACUUACUGAGGCAAAGGGCUGGUUAGCUAUGAAAGGAAUUCCUUUAUAG